AUGCCUUCCUAUACCUCAAUCCUCUCUUCGGCCCUCGGGGCGCUUCUCCUGUCGAGCCCAGCUCUCGCCUUCUCGGAGCAAUGCAGCACCUUCGAGUACCCCUUGAGUUGCCACAACAAAAGCGCUGUCGCCAACACCUGCUGCUUCAACUACCCCGGUGGUCUUCUGCUGCAGACGCAGUUCUGGGACACCGAUCCUGCUACAGGUCCGGCAGACCACUGGACCGUCCACGGCUUAUGGCCCGACGAAUGUAAUGGUUCCUACCAACAAUACUGCGAUGAAUCUCGACAAUACAAGAACAUCACGCAGAUCCUCGAACACUUCAAUCGCUACGAUCUGCUGGACUACAUGUCAGUAUACUGGAAGGAUGACGGGGGCAACGACGAGUCGUUUUGGGAACAUGAAUGGGGCAAGCAUGGAACGUGCAUCAGCACCUUCGAUACGUCCUGCUACACCGACUACGUGCCUACACAAGAGGUGGUCGAUUUCUUCCAAAAGACACUCCAGCUGUUCUCGGUGCUGGACACAUACACGUUCCUCAAGGAUGCAGGGAUCGUACCGAGCACUACGAAGACGUACACCUAUUCCGAAAUCCGGAAAGCGUUAGUGCAGGAUCGCCACGUCAACGCUACUAUCGAGUGCACUGGUGCCAAUUCGACUGAGCUUGAUGAGGUAUACUACUACUACAACGUGUACGGAAGCGCGCAAGAUGGCACCUAUAUUCCGGCACAGCCAGACACGAAUUCCUCCAGCUGCCCAAUGACUGGAAUCCAAUACCUCCCCAAGAAUCUCACAAGCACUCCGAAGCAAAAUGGGACCUAUAAAUUUCUUGAGUGCACGGCUGUGGAAGAAUUAUUCGCGUACUUUGUUUUUAGCCAGGACGCUGGGACUGAACCUUUUGUUGACAACGGAGAGGGACAGGGCGCUAGCAAGGCUAGCGUCCGCUUGGCUUGGCGCUUUUCGUCAACACCUGAGUCCACUCACAUCUCAUCCAGCACCUCCCUUCUCACAACCAAGUUGACAUUACCACACCUAUAUCACAGUUGUCAAGGUUCGAUCCUCUUCGUCAAGAUGGCGGACCGCACGCUUGAAUACCUUUUUAACCAUAUCUUCCUACCCCCGCAGCUGCCUCAUCGCGAUGACCACCAAAAUGGCGCUGGUGAUAGAGCUUUGAUCGAACACUUGACAGAAUAUUGUCACCUUUUCCGUGACCUGAACCACUCUGAACACUACACGCAGUGGUCUACAAUUCUUCGUACUCUCCGUACGUUCGCAACCUUGCACAGAAACAACAAAUCUCUUUCGAAAAAUGCCCUGACGAGCGCCUUCCGCGAUGUCAAAGACGGAGCUAUCAUAAUCCUUCACGUCAGCAUGCAGAACUCUGGACUGAUCAUUCGGAAAGUCGCUGGUGACUACGUCGUCGAGACUUUUGAGGCUUCCCCCCCAGCCGCGGAGGUUCUCGCAGCCGAGAAAUCCCUACAGUGGGACUUCCCAAGCCGUGCCGUUGCUGUUCCGUCCGCUAUCUUCGAAGAAGCCUCUUUCCAAGCAUGUCUCGCAGAAUUUCUUGAAAAGGCUAGUGUUGAGCCCGUCAAGCAAUUCGCAGCAACGACGCUCAAGGCCAGAUCCUAUGCAUUUGAGAGCCGUGAUACUGCGACUCCAGCGAUGAUAGGCCAAUUGUUGAUGGCUCUACUAGAGGCGAACGGCCGGAAGUACACAACCAUGCUGACCAGAAAGAGAGUACAUGAUGAGGUUUACUGGGGCGAUGGAGCAGAGAAUCCAUGGCGACGGAGCCCGACUUGGCUUGUACUGCGAGUUGGUGUCCAGCGAUCGUUGUGCUCCCUACUGGGAGGCAGCCACGGUACUCUGCAUUACAAGUUCUUUAUGAGCUUCGUUCUCUCCUCGCUUUCUGAGGAGGUCUGCGCCCAAGGCUCGUUCCCGCCAGACAAAUUUGCCUUUGCGAGAACCAAACUUGCUCGUCGGGUGGCCAAAUUGCAGCAACAAAAGGAUAUGGCGACACCACAAGUAGCCAAGAAAAUGGACUCACUGUUCUCAAAACACGAAAAAGGAUUUACCGAUACCUUGCGAGCUCUCAACGACAGACUCAGUCGGGAUUGGAGCGUAGUCAGAUCCCGAGCCACAAAGCGAGUAUUACCCCUGCCCUGGCGCGCUGACACGGGUAGUACAAUACUAUCGCUGUAUCACAGCCGAGCUAUCUUGCAAAGAAUUCUUGAAGAAGCCUUGUUAGGCAGACCGUCAACAAACAUACAUCUCGAGGAGAGACACCGGAAGUCAUCCCAGUAUUCUGCAUGGGCCAGUAUGGAACUUCGAGAUGACUUGACUGAAUUUGAAUACCACUUUCUCGCCGGGGCCGAAUCAACGCUCAAGUCUGAUGUCAAGAAAUCCUUUGGAAGUGGAACAAACAAAGGGCUGGACCGCUACUGUGUGGAGUUUCAACACAUGAUGCAAAAAUAUCAGCAGCUCGCAUCCUUAGCAUACAAGUCAGACCCCGAGCAGUUGUCUUUCAUGCUAAUCACGCUCUUGGAGAUGUGGCAGGCAAUAGACUCGAUCGCUCUCACAAUAUAUCCUCAACUGGCUGACUACGAACCAGAGUUUCCUCGGGAUAUACUUUUUCCCUUGCAAGUCGCUCUCCUUUCCGACUUGCGAAGAAUUCAAGAUAUCGAAGACUAUCUCGAGGGUCGCCGUAGCGUUGCUAAACCCUCUCAUCCCUCACUUUUUCGCGAUAUAUCACCGGAGUCGUUUGCUGUGCGCUACUUUGACCAAUCUCAAGAGAUGCAACAGCUCGCUACAACCAUCCGCGCUGCUGAUGUGAGAGCUAGAGCACAAAAAGAGGAGGAAUGGGCUGAGACAAGCUCAGAAUACGAGGCUGUCAUGAAGCAAGCUGCAGAGACGACGUGUCUGUUCAUUGAAGACAGAUUCGAUCCGCUGAAGCGUCGGCACGACGAUCGCCACUGCUUAAAGCAUCAGCUUGAGAGAAGAGGUGAAACGAUGAGGAUUUCAGUACAUGAAGCCAUCUUGCCAAGCGAUGACACCGUGGCCAAAGCUGUGGUAUUCGAACUCCUUCUUCCCAAAGCUUUCGCGGCGUGGCGGGACGCUACCUGGCAGUUGAUCCAAUUAGGCCGGCGAAGUACCACACCAGAUCGAAAGCCUCCGGUUUCGCUCCACGAUUACCGAGGUCUCAGGGGCUUCAUGAGGCCUACUGGAAGCUCUAUGACACUUGCCUCAUACUUCAAAUCCUUCUUAAGCACCCACUAUACGCAGGUCCCGUUUCCAAUCACGCUGGAUAAAGUAUGCCUUCCUCAUCCAUUGAAGUAUGGUUUAUUUGAUCACUCAAGAAGUCUCUGGACAUCGAGAAAUGUAGAGAAACCAAGCUUCGCAGAUCUUUGCGCACCACCUUUGCCUCCAAAAUCAGCCUACGGAUCUCUUAGAAGGUAUCUCCAUCCAACGUUUGAGGGGAAGCCUCUGUCUGCCAACGAGAUUAUAGCAAGCCAGACUCGUUGCCCAAAUUCUCUCACUAUGAUCGAAUUCACCACGUUUCAGGACCUCCGACUUGGUCAUCGGACUCAAUGGAUUAGGCUCCUGCGUGAGCUCGCGUCUUCAAACCUCAAUUUCGGCACAUUAGAAGUUGGUAUUCUGGUCACCGAACUAGCUCUCGUAGUGGGCCCUCGUGACGAGCAAAGCCUUCUUCGCGCCGGUCACUGGGUUUUUGAAGACCUGUCUUUCUGUAUCGCGCUUACUGCUCAAAUCAAGCGACGGCUGGAGAAUGUUGCAGCAAAUUGGCGCGAAGGCAAAACGGUCGAAUGUCUCCUCGUCCUAUUGCAGCGCAUUUGGUCUCUUGCUACACCUCUUGAGGCUAGGAAGGAAGCCGAAGCUCUGAUGCUGUACGUGCGCCGAACAACUCAUCAUUGGGCCAGAUCUUUGCGUCGCGAGAUCUGCAACGCGACUAGCACAGAAAUUGCACAAAAGAGAUCCCAAGACGCCUUACUUGCAGCUUUGCUCUGCCGGAAAACAUACAUCCUUGAAGCCGCGAAGCCCGACGAACCCCUCCAGGCUGAAAUGCUCACUAUAUACCUCGAAUGCUCAUUUAUGCUCAAGGACAAUUUACCGUCAAAGGACGCUGGCUUCAUCGGUAGAAUGCCAGCAUUUUUCAGAAAAUUAUACAUCAGCGACCUGAAACUUGUGCAUCGUCUCGAGUCCCAACUCCGGCGCGCAAUCCAAUCGCUAAAUACUGCUGUCAAUCAGGCCGUCAAUAGCCUUUGGGCAGAUGCCGAAGAACAAUCCACACGAGUGUUUUCUGCGUGGGAUUUCCUCCCAGAACCCCAUGAUGGAUGGGUAACCGCCCAGUCGAUGAGUGUUGAUGACCUCCUUGAACAGAGUGUAUUCUUCGACAUACUCGAUGGGACUUUACUCGUUGACGGUCAACCCCUUGGUCGUUUACCUGACGAAUACACCAAACAAGAGUUCUUCCAUCGAAUGUUUGGCGAUCGUGUUUUCCUGACAUACCCAUCGAGUAUACCAGGGAUGUCCUAUCAACUUGCCAGCCCUUUUGAAGGGCACCAGAUUCACUUUGGCUUUCGUGAUGGAGUGCCCUUUCUGCGGGCAAGAUUAGGCAACAACAGAAUGGUGGAGCUGAUACCGCCAACUGUGUUCCUAUCGAGGAUUCCUGGCGAUGCAACUGAUCUACCUUUGCCUCUCAUCAACGGCUGCGUUCAUUGGUUAGACUUGGCCUCUCACAGCAUAGAAAUCAGAUCAUUAGCAACGAUGUGGCGACCUAAGCCCAGGAACUGGGUUAUCGAUCUUCGAACUAGCCAAGCUCACCGAGGGUACAGCUUGCUCGUGGAUCCACGUAGUUCGAUCUUCAACCGAAUAGCUACCAUAAUAGAGCCUUUCGAGCAUCGGAGUAAGAUGACUGUCUUUCAACCGCAAAGAAGCAACGUUUCAUUGCAUUUGCCCGGCCUUGAAUUGUCAUUUCGAGUGAACUCAGAUGGCUUGCUCGAAUCUCAGCAAUUGCGCGCCGUAAUCGAUGGCGACCAGGACGCGGGAACAUUGUAUGGAAUAGAAAGCAAACUCGUCUUACGCGAUAGCAUGGUUCCGGAAGAUCGAAGCGUCGUUGUGGCUAUGGGACCUGCUACAAUCGAGCAAAGCGGAGCUCAUGUCCGAAUUCGCAUCAGUCACACAGGAUUCUAUGCCCGCUUUCUCAUCAACAAAGUACUGGGUCGCUUGGAGUGUGCAUCCGAGCCUCGCUUGAUUUACUUCAAGGCCUAUUGCCAUGCUCUUACCGCUUUCGUCUUGCCCGAUCCACUUACUGGGAGAACGGGAACAGAUGAAGCGAUUCACUGCUUACAGUCCGGCAACGCUCAGCCCUGGGCUCCUGUUGAUGAAGCAUCGUACGGAUUCUUAUCUGCAAUCGCCGACUUGACUCCACGGAGGGUCUACUAUCCCGAUACGCUCAAAGUGCUCCAGAAAGUCGCUUGGAAAGAUAAUUUAUUGUCCGCUGUACAACACGAUGAGUUCCGGCCAAUAACCAGACACAUCAUGCAGCAGUGUCACGUCCUGCACCGGUUUCAUCUCGGAUCCGCCAAACCGCCGGCGGACGACCGAGGGGGCGACGAGCACCUGCUUGCGCGUGCACAGACCAGAAGAAAUGCAUUUCGUGCUUUGCAACACAAGGAAACUCUCCCAGCGGUACCAGACCGCUGUUAUGUAGCAAGAGACUGCGCGAAGUUCUCAGGCUCCAAGAAUGCUUACGAAUCCGCGUCCCUGAUCAAAAAUUGGUCCCACCGAGUAAGGGUAAACCAAGAUCUGUCGGCUAUCAUGCAGGAAUGGCCCUUAAUUCAAGGUUUCGAUUCGGAGUUUGAGCUCUAUCUCUUUGCCGAUCUCAUCAAUGUCAACCUUGCUGCCAACUGGGGCUCGCUUUUUACUCUUUGUCAGACAGCAUCAAGGACUCAAGACAGGUUCAGGCUCAUGUUUUUAUUUGCAACUAUGUCAUUUGAUGCCCAGGUUGAUAUGACUAUCAUGAGGACACUCAUUGCAGUUGCCAUAAUGGAGGACUUCCAGACUCUGCAGCUGCCACGCCAUCCGAGCUUUACCCAUUUUCGGCGAGGUCAAGUCCCGAAUGCGCACUUCUUGUUACAAUUAAUGAAGCCAUAUCGUACUCCCUACCCCGAAGAUGAACGCGCUCUGCUCACAGUGGCCAUGCACGGCAAGCAAAAGCGGAAGCUGGAGAUGGCCCAGUUGAAGCACGAGCAGGAAUCGGAAGAAAACUGCAAAACAUUUGCGAGCCAUUUGGUGUCUCAAUGGCCUGUCCGUGAGCCUUCUAUCAGCAGCUUGCGCUUGGAAGACGUACCACUGCUCGAUGCUGAGAUGGCAUACCAAGCAAUCAAGCCAGAAUGGGAACGGCUUUUUGCUAAUUAUGAGCUUUCGGAGCAUUUGGACCGUGUCCAGAAUAUAUUAAACGCUUGCCAUGCAGCCGAGUCUUUUCCGGCAUUGUCAGUAAGCGAGGGCGAGCAACAAUUCUUUUCAACGCCAUUCAUCUCCAGUACCCGUCCAACACUGCAGCUACUUCUCCGCAAGCUCCUGGAAUCUUCGCCAAUAGCAGACAGAGCAAUACUCGGUGACCGCUCGAACGCAGCACAGCCAAGUCUGAAUGGACACACCAUUACGGACGGCAGCGCUUCUGUAUCAGAAUCUUCAAAGCCACCAAUCACCAACUCGCGCACGACACGCAAUGAUCCUGUGAAGACGCGAAAUGAUGGAUCUGCCUUGAUGAAUGAAUUACAACAAAGCAUAAUCGAUCCUUUCGCUCAUAGCGAAGAUCCAGUGAGACGAGCGUACGGCAGAGACUUACAGACUAGCUUGCGUGCUCUUAGCAAGUCAAAACGUGAAACAUCUAGAGGAACCAUGCAAGCUGCGGUCGCCAUGGGUGGGGCACAAAUUGCCGUAUCUAUCUCGUCGUCCACCCUUGCGGUUAGCAGCCGACUUGAUUCCAUUCGGAUAGCUUUGACCCAAGAUCAAGGCUGGCUCGAGGCAGGUGCACUGCUUCCCUCCAUCACGUCGAUUUCGUUACUUGAGAUGUUACGUCCCUUCGCCGUUCCGAAAAACAUGAGUGUCGCCCGCAGUGUCAUCAUCAACUACGGAGAGUUAAUCACUAACUUACAGCAUGCACUUCGUAUCCAAGGGGCGUCACUACGGAAGGAUACUAUUCAGCUUUCGAUCGAGACUCAAGUUGCCAGCCAUAGGAACUGGCAAACUAGAGAUCAUCCAGAUUGGCUGCUGCUCGAACUUGACUUCAAUGUUCGCAUCCGGCCUGAUCAGCAUGAAGUAGCUCUAGCGAUGACCUCGCCGAGCAGCAACGGCUCGUUCUGCUUACAAAUGAACAUGGGUCAAGGAAAAUCUAGCAUAAUUAUUCCGAUGGUAGUGGCCCAAUUGGCAGAUACCAAAAAUCUAGUCAGAGUGGUGGUGCCAAGACCGUUAUUGACGCAGACGGCACAAUUGCUUCAGGCCCGCCUUGGAGGCUUGGUCGGCCGAAAGAUCAGGCACGUUCCAUUCUCUCGGAGAUCUUCGACAGCUAUCAAUGAUUUGGAAGCGUAUCACAACCUCCAUCUCGAAAUGCAACGCGAUGGUGGAACAAUAUUGACUCUCCCGGAGCAUAUGCUUUCUUUUCAACUCAGCGGGCUUCAAGAGCUCUCGAACGGUCAUAUUCAGCAAGCUACUUACAUGAUGAGGCUUCAAGAAUGGCUCGUGAGGAAAUGCCGGGACGUCCUGGACGAGUGCGACCACAUGCUGGCUGUCAAAACCCAGUUGAUCUACCCUUCCGGAGCGCAGACCAUGGUUGACGGACAUCCGGGUCGUUGGAAGCUAGUACAAGAUCUCCUAAAGCUAGUCAAGGUGCAUCUAGGACCGUUGCGGCGCCAAUUCCCAAGGAGUAUAGAGGUCAUAGAACGAUCCCGCGGGACUUUCCCUACGAUCUAUCUGCUAACACAUCAAGUCAAAGAUGCUUUGAUGCGCCGUCUGACCGACAGCGUUGUUAGAGGGGAUGGAGGUAUCCUUCCUAUAGACGGCUGCUCGCUGGAUGAGCUAGCGUCCGUGAACAGCUUACUUCGAGAAGCUCAAUUCCCAAAGGCGAUGGCAUUGAAGAUAGCCGGAGUCUUGGAGGGAAACACAGAUGCUCGUCAACGGCUACUUCUCCUCCGCGGGCUACUCAUCCAUAAGAUACUGCUCUCGGGCUUGGAUAAGCGCUGGAACGUCCAAUAUGGAAUAGACGCUCGCCGCGACCCAAUCGCCGUGCCUUAUAAAGCCAAGGGGAUAGCAUCUGAUCAGGCCGAAUUUGGACACCCGGAUGUCAGUAUCGUACUAACCUGCCUCAGCUUCUACUCCUCGGGCCUUACUUUGCCUCAGUUCCGGCAGGCUCUGGCCCAGCUUACAAAGUCCGACGACGAGCCUGUGCGAGAAUUUGAUUCUUGGUCCCAGGAUAUCCCAUCUUUCCCUGACUCUCUGCGCUCAUGGAGCUCGAUCAAUGUGGACGAUGAAACCCAGUGUACGCAACUUUGGGGCCUUCUCCGCCAGCAAAUGGCGGUCAUCAACUAUUUCCUCAACCACCACGUUUUUCCUCGUCAUUCCCGCGUUUUCGAACGAAAGCUCGUUAGCUCGGGUUGGGACAUUGCUACACAAACUUCUUCCGCUGAAGAUGAAUCUCUGACAAUCUCAAAAGAGAACAUUCGGCCUGGACCGGAUGCUCUCAGGCUAUCCGUCGGCCGGUCAACGUCCUUGACUGUAGGGUUUAGUGGAACAAACGACAACAAGACACUCCUGCCCCUCAAUAUUCGUCAGGACGAUCUACCAGGACUCGCGCAUACCAAUGCCGAUGUAUUGACCUAUUUGCUGCAGCCCAGAAAUCGGAAAUAUUUUCCUGCCUGCAGAGUUGAUGGGAGGAGAUUAAGCGAGAGAGAGUUUUUGCAUCAGCUUCACAAACACGGCAUCAGAAUGUUGCUUGAUGCAGGUGCGCAAAUUCUGGAAAUGGACAACAAGUCGCUGGCGCAGGCCUGGUUGGAGGAAGAUCAUGAAGCCGAGGCAGCCGUAUUCUUCGGUGAAGACGAUCGAGCGAGAGUCCUGUACAGAGACGGGAAGAGCCAACCCUUAGCCGGGUCACCCUUCCUCAACAAUCUUGGAGCAUGCGUUGUCUAUCUUGACGAGGCUCAUACGAGAGGAGUGGAUCUCAAAAUGCCGGCAGACGCAGUUGCAGCAUUGACUCUAGGGAUUCAACAGACGAAAGAUCACACAGUUCAAGCUGCCAUGCGACUACGGCAAUUGGCAAUCUCCCAAUCCGUUGUAUUCUUCGCGCCUCCCGAAGUGCACCAAAGUAUCCUAAAUUUCAGAGGCAAAGCGGCUAAGGAUUUCAUCGAUUCCCGCGACGUUAUCAUCUGGCUCUUGGAACAGACAUGCUGCAGCAUCGAACAACUUCAGCCGCUUUACAUCUCCCAGGGACUGGAAUACUGCCGCCGCCGACUCGCCGCGCAAAGGAAUCCAGAUGCAUCAUCUGAUCACGACCAGCGUAAAGCGUAUCUCAAGGUGCUACAGCAGCCAGAACAAUACUCACUCGAGAACUUGUACGCCCCAGAUCAAAAGACGAAAUCCCGGCCAGUUGACGCUAAAGGGUUCCAAGAGAUAGCUGGCUACGUCGAAAAGCUCAACGCGAUGAAGAAGGGGCAUAGAAACACCGGGGACACCGUUCAGGCGUUGACGCAUCAGGAGGUCGAGCAAGAGAGGGAAGUCCAGAUUGAGGUCGAGACCGUGAGAGAGGUCAAGAAACCCCUCCAUGCGACAGCGUUCAAACAGCAGCCACUUCGGAAAGAUGUCAAGUCUUUCGCAGAGACUGGAAGGCUUGUUGCCGGCUCUCAAGCAUACCAACAAGCCUUUGUAGCUCUUCGACAGACCGCCUUGGGCCGACGCCUAGGCAUCUCAGACAGUGCUACAAGUUCGCGACUGCUCGUUACCCAAGACUUCAGCAACGUCGUCGUGAUCCAGUGGGGAAAGCCUUUGGAUGAAUACUCCCGUCCUGUUCACUGGAUACUAUGGAGCACAACCACAGAUACAGCACUCAUCAUCUCCGACUUCGAAGCCGACGCGGUUCUUCCCAUCAUUCGAGAUCGAAAACCAGCUUCUACCUAUCUCAUCACCUACGCGGCACCCGUCACUAGAGCGAUGCUCGUCUUCGACACAUUGAGCCUCUACACCGUCCCUCGCCUCCCGGCGAACUGGCGUGCUCCCACAUGGCUAGUCCGAGACCUCGGCAUUUUCGCCGGCCGUCUAUACUUCGACUUCGACGAUCAAUCCCACGCGGUGUGUCAAGCUUUGGGCCUGCCGCCUCCUGCGUCCGCGACCGAGGCCGCGUCCGUUGAGCUCACCGAAGCGGAUCUCUGGUACGAAUUGCCCUUUGGAGACGCACCACAAGAAACCAAGCAAGAGCCGUUCUCUAAGAAUGCCCUUCUCUUCAUGCAAGAAUGGUUGGCCAUCAGGAGGAAAGGCCAAGAUUUCAGCCAGAGCAUGGUUGGGCAAUUGAUUCGCGGGAGGAGGUUGGAUAGGGGCGAUCUGAGAGAAGAAGAGGCGGAUGCGGGACAGGAUGUAGGGAGUGAUGAGUCGGAGAAAAAUGUAGUAGCUGAGGCCGAGUAA